AAUGUGACAGGUCAGUCUGCAAGAAUGGCGACCACGGUAGAAGAACAGAAUUCAUUUGACAUGGGCGAAGAUAAAGAAUCACAAUUUGACCAAGCUACUUACAGUUGGAUAGAUAUUACCGAAGAAUUUUUCGAGGCUAUUACAGAGCUGGAAUUAGGUGAGCUAUUACAUGAUGAGUUGUUUGGAUUAUUUGAGGCCAUGUCUGCAAUUGAAAUGAUGGAUCCAAAAAUGGAUGUAGGCAUGCUAUGUAAUAGAGGCAAUAACAAACCAUGCAGUUUUACACAGGCUGUUGAUUCGGGUGCAUUGAAAUUGGACAAUUUAACUCCAUCAGAAGUUAUAGCAAUAAUAGAUUCAACUUAUGCGUGUAUAGUGUCUUGGCUUGAAGGUCAUAGUUUGGCCCAAACAGUUUUCACUAACUUGUAUCUUCACCAACCAAGUCAAAUAGUGGAUAAGCCUUUGAAAAUCUUUUGUUAUGCUGUAUAUAAAAUAAUUGAAGUUAUCAAAGAUUGCAUCAAUAAAGCAUUAGUUUUUGAGGAAGAAGAUUUCCAGAGUGCUACUUACGGUUAUAGAUUACAACAGGAUAUUACAGAACAAAAAAUCAUAUCAAUGCUGAGAGAAGUAGAAGAUGAACGACCUAGGAAAAGUAGAAUGAAACCAAGUCAUACAGUAUCGGAGAAAGAAUCUAAUGAUAGAUUAGCACUGUAUGCUAGAAUUAGAUUUACUAAAAUAUUUUAUCAAAUUCUAUCAUUAAUGGGAAAAAAGGAACAGUUGCAACAAAAUCUAAAUUAUUGUCACAUACUAUUAUCAAAAUGUUCUCGCAUGAUCCAAAUUAUGAUUAAAACAGUAGGAUGUGGUGAUAAAGCUGAUGAAAUAUCAAAUUAUCCGAAUGUUAUGGGAUUUGUCCCUAUGGUGAAUCAAAGAUUAUUACCACCAACAUUUCCAAGGUAUACAAAAAUAAAGCCAAGAAUAGAGGCUUUAAAGUAUUUGGAUGAAUUAUUGAACAGAUUUCGAAUAGUGACUAUGAUUACUAAUCAGAAUGGUUUUCAUGCAGCUUUGGACUUUUUUUUAGAAUUCUCACGACAAAAUCCAUGUAUAUUAUCCAGAUCAAUGCUGCAAAUAGUUUAUUUACCCACAACAAAUCGGGUGUUUGGUGUACAAAAUUUUGCUGAUGUUUUGAAAGAUGCAGCGCGGAAUUUCAUAGGGCCUCCAGUACUAAUGCCAAAAAGCACAUUACUUCAAAAUCAUCAAGCUAAGGAAUAUGUUGAUAGUUUUAUGUCUCAUUGUGUAGGCCUCUUUAGCAGUUUACUGCAACUUACUGGUCAUAAUAGAGCAAGACAGAGAGAAAAAUUAGCACAUUUAUUGGAUGAUUUCGCAGUAUUGCAAGAUGAAGCUGAGAAAAUUGAUGGAUUUUUACACAGUUUGUCAAUGAAAAGUGAUACACCUAGAUCACAUAUAGCUUGUUUUGGAACAUGGAUUUUGUAUCAUACAUUACGCGUUAUGGUCAUGUAUUUGUUAAGUGGCUUUGAAUUGGAAUUAUACUCGGUACAUGAAUAUCAUUAUAUAUUUUGGUACCUGUAUGAAUUUCUUUAUGGAUGGCUUGUAUCAGCUAUUACAAGAGCUAAUACGUUCUUAAUGGAACAGAAUGUACAUAAUGAUGCAAAUAAAGGUAGACGCGGAAAAAAGAGAGCAAGAAGUAAGAAGAAAAAAUCAACAUCUAGACCAUACAAUUUAGAAAUAUUAAUGUACCAAGCUAUGCAAAAUAUAUGUGGAGGAUAUUAUAAAGCUUUAUUUGGUUUCCAUAUGGAUGGUAAAAUACUACUACCUGAGUCACCAUUUGAUUCGGAACGAGUUCGAUACGAACACAGGUUAUUACCGUUUUCUUCAUUAUUAACUCCACCACCGGUACUUUAUCAAGAAUUCUUAGAUAUAACUAAUGUACAGGUGUAUAAAAGAAACGAAACGGCUACUAGUGAAAUGUUGUACUUAGAUGGUUGUCGUCAUUUUCAUCAAGCUAGAAAUAUGCUGGAACGAGCAUUGUUUCUUUAUCCUCUGAAUGCUAGUACUGUAAAUGAGAUCAAUGAUUUAUUAAAAGUGGCGAAAACAAAUUUCGUGGUUCUAAAAUUACUCGCUGAUGGGCAUAAAAAGGAUUCCAAAGAACCUCCAGUAUUUGACUUCUCAUGUCAUCAACAUUUCCCACUGAUAAAAUUGAAUUAAAUCAUUUGUAAUGGCCAUCAUUUCAUGCUAUAAAUUAUAUAUUAUUUAUUCUAGCUUUAAUCGUGCAAAAAAUAUUUUUGUGUUGUUGACUUUGGAUGCCUUCUUUUUGUCUAAUACAACCUUUGAA